AUAUCGGCGAGUUUGCUCGACGACUGCUGUUCGGCUGGUCCUCUCGCGGAUGACAGUCGUCCUUUCGUAGUGCAGAGUACUCGCUGAUUUUUCGUCCACGGUGACAGUACAGCCGAUUGUUGUAGGUGCGAGGAACGAACGUUGUCAAGAUGAAGCAUCUCUUAGCACUGUCUCUUCUGUUGUUGUCGUCGGAAUGUUUUGGACAACCAGCUCCUGUGGUUCAUACGAAUUCAGGACCCGUGCGGGGCGAGGUGAAAGAGACGUUUUUGUUGAAGAAGAAAUACUUGUCGUUCAGAGGAAUCCCUUAUGCGAAACCACCUCUUGGAGAUCUCAGAUAUCAGCCGCCUGUGCCAGCAGAACCAUGGCAGGAAAUUCUGAAUGCUACCAAGGACGCACCUGCGUGCCCGCAAAUAGACGAAGUAAACAAUAACAGAUACGUGGGGGAUGAAGACUGCUUGUACAUCAAUGUAUUCAGCCCUAUCACUUCGUCCAAAACGCAUGUACACAAGAAAGCAGUGAUGUUGUGGAUCUACGGUGGAUCCUUCAAUGCAGGAUCAUCUCUGACUAGUUUCUACGGUCCAGACAUGCUGGUAGAUCAGGACAUAGUACUGGUUACCUUUAAUUACCGUCUUGGCGCCCUCGGAUUCCUGUCUCUGUCCCGAAGCGAGGCGUUAGGAAACGCUGGAAUGAAGGAUCAAGUUCUGGCUAUGCAUUGGGUGCAGCAGAACAUCGCCAAGUUUGGCGGUGACCCGAGGCGAGUGACAAUUUUCGGCGAGAGCGCCGGCAGCGCAGCUAUUCAUUUCCAAGUACUGUCGCCGUUGACUAAAGGAUUGUACGUGAGAGCAAUCGCCAUGAGCGGCUCGUCCAUAUCGCCAUGGGCGUUCCAUACAGCCGACCAGGCUAUGAACGAAGCGAAAAAGCUGGCUAAUUAUCUCGGUAGCAAUGCACAGGACUCGGAUGCAUUGUGGCAAUUCUACAAGAAUGCACCUGCCAAGGACCUCGUAAACGGCAGUCAGUACAUGGACGGAGUCACGCAAACGCUGACUAUACCGUUCAGACCAUCUAUAGAGUUGAACCGUCCGGGAGCUUUCAUCACCGACUGCCCCAUCUCGCUGUACAAGACCGGGAGAUUCAAUAAAGUGCCCCUUAUGAUGGGUCAGACCAAGGAAGAAGCACUCGGCUUCACCAGACCUGGAUACACCGGUACGAACGACACGUGGACAGAAUUCGACGGACUGAUAGACAUUGGAAAGGAUGUGUUCGACAGGUUCGCGAAAGGCAGUUACGAUGUGUUUUUGACUGACUACUACUACACAGCACCCACAGACCUCACUCGCAAGAUAAUCAAGCAGCAAGAUAGUAGCAUACCGAUCUAUUCUUACAUCUUCGAAUUCGAUUCUCCGUACGCGUGGCAUAGACAAAAUGGAGAAAACCUGAACGGAACUGCUCAUGCCGACGAUCUCCAGUACGUGUUUCACAAUGAAAUGACUCGCGAACCUACCGAUCCCAACGAUCCUGUCAACCUGUUCAGGAGAAAGGUGUCUGCGAUGUGGGCUAACUUCGCGAAGUGCGGAAAUCCCACUCCACCACACUACAACCCAUCGAAUGUUGUCUGGGAAGAAUCUGGACCCCGCGGACUACAAAUGAACAUCAACACCGAAGACAAAAUUCAGCUACCGGACAUAUCUCCGCGAACUAGACAGAUGGAAGACUAUAUGGAGCAGACGAUCCCAGCAAAAACUGGAUGUACACGAAGAAACAAAUAGAAGGACACAAAGAAUUACAGACACAAAACAGAACCUAAUCUUCUGGUGAUUUUUGUAUUCGCUUCCGUUCGUUCUCCAGAAAAUUUUCAUUUUUACACCGCGCAAUUGUGACAAUUGCAAUCUCCAAGAGAGAUGCCCGAUUUAUUGAUCUCAGGUGUAACUGAUAAGGGAGGAAUGCAUUCUUGAGAUAGAAAAGUGGCAGCAAAGAAGAACAUUUAUAUUUUUUAGCUGUAUAAUUUCUAGAUUCUCUAAGUGUCCCAACCACGUUAUACUGAACAUCCUGCCGCAAAAAAUUCAUUUCCAGGCCUGAUAAAUAACACGUCACUCAAUAAGUCUCCGGUCUGACACAUA